GUGGUUCGCGGGGUCCAUGGGGAACGCGGUGUCUGUCGCUGGUUCAGAUCUCGCAGAGCUGAGUCCUGCACGCCUCAGUCCUCGCCUCGCUCCUGCUCGCGGAGGAUUCUGGGAGGUGACGUCGCGGGUCUCGGUCGCGGGGCCCGUUUGCAGAGCUCGCGGCGCCGGGAGGACUUUCUUCUUCUUCAGAAGAGAAAACUGAAGAAGGAGGAAUGGCUGUGGGGCUUUGUAAAGCCAUGUCCCAGGGGUUGGUGACCUUCAGAGAUGUGGCGCUAGACUUUUCCCAAGAAGAGUGGGAAUGGCUGAAGCCAUCUCAGAAGGAUUUAUACAGAGAUGUCAUGUUGGAGAACUACAGGAACUUGGUAUGGCUUGGACUCUCCAUUUCUAAGCCCAACAUGAUCUCCUUACUGGAGCAAGGGAAGGAACCGUGGAUGGUGGAGAGAAAGAUGUCACAGGGUCACUGUGCAGACUGGGAGUCUUGGUAUGAAAUUGAGGAAUUAUCUCCAAAAUGGUUCAUUGAUGAAGACGAAAUAUCCCAGGAGAUGGUAAUGGAAAGGCUAGCAAGUCAUGGCCUUGAAUGCUCCAGUUUCAGAGAAGCCUGGAAAUAUAAGGGUGAAUUUGAGCUACAUCAGGGAAAUGCGGAGAGGCAUUUCAUGCAAGUGACAGCUGUUAAGGAAAUCUCUACUGGGAAAAGAGACAAUGAAUUUAGUAAUUCUGGGAGAAGCAUACCCCUGAAAUCAGUAUUUUUAACACAACAGAAAUUUCCUACCAUACAGCAAGUACAUAAAUUUGAUAUUUAUGAUAAACUCUUCCCCCAAAAUUCAGUCAUAAUUGAAUAUAAAAGACUCCGUGCUGAGAAGGAAUCUUUGAUAGGUAAUGAAUGUGAAGAAUUCAACCAGAGUACGUACUUUAGUAAAGAUAUAGGAAUUCCUCCUGGGGAGAAACCUUAUGAAAGUCAUGAUUUUUCAAAGCUCUUAAGUUUCCACUCAUUAUUUACUCAACAUCAGACCACUCAUUUUGGAAAAUUACCCCAUGGAUACGAUGAAUGUGGUGAUGCCUUUAGCUGUUACUCAUUCUUUACUCAACCUCAGAGAAUUCACAGUGGAGAGAAACCAUAUGCAUGCAAUGACUGUGGAAAAGCCUUUAGCCACGACUUCUUUCUCAGUGAACAUCAAAGAACUCAUAUUGGGGAGAAACCUUAUGAAUGUAAGGAAUGUAACAAAGCCUUCAGACAGAGUGCUCACCUUGCUCAACAUCAGAGGAUCCACACUGGAGAGAAACCGUUUGCGUGCAAUGAAUGUGGGAAGGCCUUUAGCCGUUAUGCCUUCCUUGUUGAACAUCAGAGAAUUCACACAGGUGAGAAACCAUAUGAAUGUAAAGAAUGUAAUAAAGCCUUCAGACAGAGUGCUCACCUUAAUCAACAUCAGAGGAUUCACACUGGAGAGAAACCCUAUGAAUGUAAUCAGUGUGGAAAAGCCUUCAGCAGACGCAUAGCCCUUACUCUACAUCAAAGAAUUCACACAGGAGAGAAACCCUUCAAAUGUAAUGAAUGUGGGAAGACCUUUGGCUAUCGCUCACACCUGAAUCAACAUCAGAGAAUUCAUACCGGAGAAAAGCCCUAUGAAUGCAUUAAAUGUGGGAAGUUUUUUAGGACUGACUCACAACUUAAUCGACAUCAUAGAAUUCACACUGAAGAGAGACCAUUUGAAUGCAGUAAAUGUGGGAAAGCCUUCAGUGAUGCUUUAGUUCUAAUUCACCAUAAGAGAAGUCAUGCAGGAGAGAAACCCUAUGAAUGUAACAAAUGUGGAAAGGCCUUCAGUUGUGGCUCAUAUCUUAAUCAACAUCAAAGAAUUCAUACUGGAGAGAAACCUUAUGAAUGUAGUGAAUGUGGGAAGGCUUUUCAUCAGAUCUUGUCCCUAAGACUACACCAGAGAAUUCACGCUGGAGAAAAACCUUAUAAAUGUAACGAAUGUGGGAAUAAUUUUAGCUGUGUCUCAGCCCUUAGACGACAUCAGAGAAUUCAUAAUAGAGAAACGCUCUGAUUAUAACAAGUAUAGGAAAGAAAACAUGUGGUUACCACUCAGUCCUUAUUAAAUAUUAGUGAGUUCUUUUUGGUUAGUAAUUCUUCGAAUGUAAUUCAUAUUUCAGUUCAUGAGUAUCCAUUAUUUGAAGUAGCUCAGUAGUAGGCAUCUGUUACUUUUUUUUUUUUUUUUUUUUUUUUUCAGACAGAGUCUCACUCUGUUGCCCAGGCUGGAGUGCAGUGGUGUAAUCUUGGCUCACUGCAGCCUCUGCCUCCUGGGUUCAAGCAAUCCUCCUGCCUCAGCCUCCUGAGUAGCUGGGAUUACAGGUGCCUGCCACCAUACCUGGCUAAUUUUUGUAUUUUAGUGGAGACGGGGUUUCACCACAUUGGUCAGGGUGAUCUCGAACUCCUGACUUUAGGUGAUCCACACGCCUCAGACUCCCAAAGUGCUGGGAUUAUGGGCGUGAGCCACCGCGCCUGGCCACAUGUGUUACUUUUUGAUCUGUUCUAUACCUGGCUUACCCCACCCUCAAUGCAUAUGAUUCAGAUGAAACUGUUAAUCAGGGACAGCAGUGGACUGGUCACAGGCUGGCCAAUUAUUUCCCCCAACCUAGUGAUAAGGGAUUGGCAAAUGGCCCUGUCUGGAUCAAUGAAGUCCUUUGCGGGUAUUCCUAUGGGCAGUAAGAGAGGUUUUAUUCUGGAACUGCAAGUUUCAAGGAUUUAAUAAGAUUAAAAACUCACUAGUAGCCUUUUUGCCACUCAUGAGAAAAGCUUUCCCAAAGAGAAAUCUAACAGAGAAAAAUGGAGAUGAGAGACAGAAAUAUGAUGAUACAGUUUGAUCUGCUGGAUUCAGUCAUUCCUGACAGCUACACCAUCACCAUCCUUUUUCAUUUUUUGUGAUCCAAUAAAUUUCCUUUUUUGUUUUUUUGGCUUAAUUUGGAUUAUAUUUUUGCCUCAUGGAAUUAGAGUGCUGAUUCACACAUUCUAUGUUUGCUAUACAUAAAAGAAAGCCUUAAUUUUUUACGUGGCAUAAUUAUUUAUCCUGAGGAGCAACCUUCUGAUAUAACAAGUUUAUGAAAGUUGAAUACACAGCCUUCAUAAAACUGAGAUAAUUGUUACAUUUUAUUUGUCGAUAGAACUAUUUUAGUGUUUCUUAGUUUUUUUCACAUUAUAGCUGAAUAUUUUAAAAUUCACCAAGUAAAAUUCUUUAACAGGCUUCCCCUUAAGGAGUUAAAAUCAUUUGUCACAGUGACUCACCGUUUGCCUGUAAAGAGAGAAUGGAAAGCUAAGAGAAUAAUAGUUUCAUUUGUUUAAUGAAUGGCUCUUCAUCUUCAAGGAAUUACUUGAUUUUCUUCUUUCAGUAUGGGUCUAAACAUAUUCUGUGGCAGAAUAUAAUAAAAUUAAAUUGUAAAUGAGGUAUUUUGUGGGUAGGCUCUAAAUUUGGUUUAAGACCGGGUGCGGUGGCUCACGCCUGUAAUCCGAGCACUUUGGGAGGCCGAGGCGGGCAGAUCACCUGAGGUCAGGAGUUCGAGACCAGCCUGACCAACAUGGAGAAACCCCGUCUCUACUAAAAAUACAAAAUUAGCCGGGUGUGGUGGUGCGUGCCUGUAAUCCCAGCUACUCGGGAGGGUGAGGCAGGAGAAUCGCUUGAACCUGGGAAGUGGAGGUUACAGUGAGCGAAGAUCGCGCCAUUGUACUCCAGCCUGGGCAACAAGAGUGAAACUCCUUCUCAAAAUAAAUAAAUAAAUAAAUAAAUAAAUAAAUAAAUAAAUAAAUAAAUUUGGUUUAAGAAGUGUAUGGAUAACUUCUUUGCAGCUAGAGAUAUCAAACAAAGAUAUUGCUGGCAGAAAGAAUGAGUCAUUUUUAACAAAUGGUAAAAGUAAAGCAGUUAAUGCCUAAAAUUUUUAGAGACUAAAUCAUUUCCAUUAUUGGGAGUAAUGAGGAAGAUGAAGGUGUAGGGCAAUACAUUUCUUUUUUAUCUGAAUGGAUAUAGGGAAAUAAACUGGUGAUAUGGCAGCUGGGCCAUCUUGAAUAGUGAGAACCAGUAAGAAUAUUGGGUAUUGCCUGAAGAGCAUCUGUAAAAACAUAUCAGAACAAAUGAAAGAGGAAAGAAUGAAGGAUUUAUAUGUGUGCAUAGAGUGAAUAUAUGUGUGCAUAGAGUGAAAUAUUCAACUUAUACUUAUUUCUAAUAAAAUCUGAAAAUUAUUUUUCAUAAAUAUUCAAAUUCCCUUUAAACAGCUUAAAAUACAGAUUUAGUGACUCAGUACUUCAAACCUUGAAUAGAAACAAAUAUGAUUAUAAAAUAUUUCCAAACUUAUGUUACAUCUAAUCUGAAACAUAUUAAUAUUAUAAGCUUAAUUCAUGUCAUCAUUUCUUUAUUUUUUAUUAUAUUUCCUGGAGGUAUAAGGAUAUUUAUUUUUAUAAUUUCCAAGCACUGAGUAAUAAUUUAUUUCAGAAAGUUUCAGAAGGUUACAGUAAACUUUACCAAACUUGAAGAAGAAGAAUGACUCAGAUCAGUAAGAAGAGUCUGAGUUCCUCACUAAUUGAUUUUUAUUUUAUUUAUUUAUUUUUUUUGAGACAGGGUCUCAUUCUGUUAUCCAGGCUGGAAUGCGGUGACACAAUCAUGGCUCACUGCAGCCUCAACUUCCCAGGCUCAAGCGACCCUCCCACCUCAGCCUCCUGAGUAGCUGGGACUACAGGUGUGCUCUACCACACCUGGCUAAGUUUCACGUUUUUUUGUAGAGAUGGGGUUUCGCGAGUUGCCCAGGCUGGUCUCCAACUCUUGGUCUGAAGUGAUUUGCCCAUCUCGGCUUCCCAAAGUGCUGAGAUUAUAGGGAUGAGCCACUGUGCACAGCUACUAAUCGAUUUUUGAUCUAUGUAUGGCACCUGAUUUCAUCCUCGAGAGUGACGUAAACCUAAGCUACUGGUUCAUUCUCUGUUUAUAUAGUUAAACUUCACUUGUAAUGUUGGUAAAAUCUUUUGUACCCAUGUGUUUAGCUUCAAUGUAUUUUACAAUCUGACGUUUCUCCUCACAAUGAAGUACUAAAUUUUGUUUCUUUUCAA